GGGGUGUCCGGAGAUGCCGCUUGGACGCUUUCUACGUGGAGCUUAAACCCGCCCCGCUGCCGCCCGGAUGGGACCGCCGGAGUGCUAGUCUUUGACAGAAAGUGUUUUAAUCUCUGCCACACAUGGAGACAUCUUCAUUUCAACAGUGGAACAGCUAAAGUCUGCAGUGAAUAUUGAAUCCUGAGGAAUUUGGGGAAAGACAUUCCAUGGAUCCCUUGGGUGCACCUUCCCAGUUUGUGGACGUGGACACACUACCAAGCUGGGGCGACUCAUGGGAAGAUGAAUUAAAUACUUCUGAUACUGCAGCUGAAACAUUUCAGGAAGACACUGUUAGAUCACCUUUUCUUUACAAUAAGGAUAUCAAUGGGAAAGUGAUUCUUUGGAAAGGAGAUGUGGCAUUACUGAACUGUACAGCCAUUGUGAAUACCAGCAAUGAAAAUCUUACAGAUAAGAACCCUGUGUCAGACAGUAUUUUUAUGCUCGCAGGACCUGAUUUGAAGGAGGACCUCCAGAAACUUAAGGGUUGCCGGACAGGUGAAGCAAAAUUGACAAAAGGAUUUAAUCUAGCUGCCCGGUUCAUCAUUCAUACAGUGGGACCUAAAUACAAGAGCCGCUAUCGCACAGCUGCUGAGAGUUCCCUGUACAGCUGCUACAGAAACGUGCUUCAGUUGGCCAAAGAGCAAUCAAUGUCUUCUGUGGGAUUCUGUGUCAUCAAUUCUGCAAAACGAGGUUACCCUUUAGAGGAUGCAACACACAUAGCGCUUCGCACUGUAAGGAGAUUCCUAGAAAUUCAUGGAGAGACCAUUGAAAAAGUAGUAUUUGCUGUCUCUGAACUAGAAGAGGCUACUUACCAAAAGCUGCUACCUCUGUACUUCCCAAGGUCACUAAAGGAGGAAUACCGAUCAUUGCCAUAUCUACCUGCAGAUAUUGGAAAUGCAGAAGGGGAGCCUGUGGUACCUGAACGACAGAUUAGAAUAUGUGAAAAACCUGGUGCCCCAGAAGACACCCAAGAAGAGGAAGCUGAAGGCUUGGGAGUUGACCUCUCUUUCAUCGGCUCUCAUGCUUUUGCUCGAAUGGAAGGAGAUAUUGACAAGCAAAGACGACUGAUCCUUCAGGGACAGUUAUCAGAGGCAGCCCUGCAGAAGCAGCAUCAAAGAAAUUACAAUCGCUGGUUAUGUCAAGCAAGAUCUGAGGAUCUAUCUGAUAUUGCUUCUCUAAAAGCCUUAUACCAAACAGGUGUUGAUAACUGUGGUCGCACAGUGAUGGUGGUAGUUGGAAGAAACAUUCCUGUCACAUUAAUAGAUAUGGACAAGGCUCUUUUAUAUUUUAUCCAUGUAAUGGAUCACAUUGCUGUGAAAGAGUAUGUAUUAGUAUAUUUUCACACACUGACCAGCGAAUACAAUCACCUGGACUCUGACUUCCUGAAGAAGCUCUACGAUGUUGUUGAUGUCAAAUACAAGAGGAAUUUGAAGGCUGUUUAUUUUGUUCAUCCAACAUUUCGUUCAAAGGUAUCAACAUGGUUUUUUACCACCUUUUCUGUCUCGGGACUGAAGGACAAAAUCCACCAUGUGGACAGCCUCCACCAGCUAUUCUCUGCCAUAUCACCGGAACAGAUUGACUUUCCUCCUUUUGUCCUUGAAUAUGAUGCCAGGGAAAAUGGGCCUUACUAUACGUCUUAUCCCCCAUCACCAGAUUUGUGACCUGCCAUCUUUUAGUGCUACUGGUUUCCAAGGACAUCACUUUCUCCACGAAUCGCUACCUAUUGAAGUGAAAUUCAUUUUUGCUGUUCAGAUCCAGAGAGCCUUUUGUCCCCCACCUCUCUGGUAUUUUUUUAUUGACUGUAUAUUUUCUGGCACAUAAGCAAUCUGACAAUGGUAGGCCGUUCUGAACUGCACACUUAUUUUAAAUUUGUAUAUUUGUAUCAAAAGAAAAUGUUCAUUUUUAGAGGGUUGUUAAUAGAAAUUGGGGAGCAACUUUUGAGUAUCUUCAGUUUCCUGAAAGGACACUGGAUUUCCCAUUAGACAAGCCACCAGUUUUGUUCACACCAUUUCUUUAACGUUGCACGCUUCCUUUGUGUACUUAAGUGUUUCUCAAAAUAUAUAGAACCAGUGUAUGCUGACCGUAUAUGCAUUGUUUCCUUCAGAUCCUGGCAUUACAUUUCAUACAGAUAAUUUGGUUAUGGUAGAAGAAAACUGUCUGGGAUCAAGGAUGUGGAAAUGCCUCUGAUCAAAACAUUGAAAUCAUUAGCAAAAUAUGGGUCUUGGAAUCUUACUGCACCAGUGAAGAUUAAGAUUUUGGAUUAUAUGUUUUGUUAAAAUUGUCACUGUUCUAGUCUCAACAGUGGGGGAAAAUAAGAAAACGGUAUCUUCUGCCUUUUUCCUGUAUUCAUGGGUGAUUUGGUGUCCUUUUUAAAGGACUGCACUCAUUAGUACUCUUACGUGAAAGGCAUCUAUCUCCUGGACUCCAUCACUGAGCCUUUAGAGAGGGUGCUGUCUCCCCAGAGUUGUGAUUUUGUUGGGUUUUACAGCUGCUGCCUCUAAGGACAUUUCCUCACAGUGUCUCUAGAGUUGCCUACGUUAAAAUGGAGGAAGUGUGUUACAGUGAACAAAAUUGCAGACUGCUGUUGCCACUCAGGCUCUAUUUGUGCCUUAGCUUGCUUAUGAAUAAAAAUUAGAAUUAUGA